GCGGCAGGCGCGGAGCCGCGGAGCCGCGAGCCCCAGCCAAUGAGCGCCGGCGGGCUGGUUGCCCAGGCGACCAGCGCGCGGCUCCGCCCCCCGCGCCGAGGCUCCCGCGCGCGGCUGAGUGCGGACUGGAGUGGGCACCCGGGUCCCUGCGCGCAGAGAACGCGCGAUGACCACGUGGAGCCUCCGGCGGAGGCCGGGCCGCAUGCUGGGACUUCUGCUGCUGGUCAUCUUGGGCUUCCUGGUGCUCCGCAGGCCUCUGCUCCUCGAGUCGGGCGGCUGCGACCGUGCCGGGGCUCGGAGGGCGGACUGGAGCGCCCUGGUCCCUCUGUGGCUGCGCCAUCGGCAGCUGGGGCUGCAGGCCAAGGGCUGGAACUUCAUGCUGGAGGAUUCCACCUUCUGGAUCUUCGGGGGCUCCAUCCACUAUUUCCGCGUGCCCAAGGAGUACUGGAGGGACCGCUUGCUGAAGAUGAAGGCCUGUGGCUUGAACACCCUCACCACCUACGUUCCAUGGAACCUGCAUGAGCCAGAAAGAGGCAAAUUUGACUUCUCUGGGAACCUGGACCUGGAGGCCUUCGUCCUGAUGGCUGCGGAGAUCGGGCUGUGGGUGAUUCUGCGUCCGGGCCCCUACAUCUGCAGUGAGAUGGACCUCGGGGGCUUGCCCAGCUGGCUACUCCAAGACCCUGGCAUGAGGCUGCGGACAACUUACAAGGGCUUCACCGAAGCAGUGGACCUUUAUUUUGACCACCUGAUGUCCAGGGUGGUGCCACUCCAGUACAAGCGUGGGGGACCCAUCAUUGCCGUGCAGGUGGAGAAUGAAUAUGGUUCCUAUAAUAAAGACCCCGCUUAUAUGGCCUACGUCAAGAAGGCACUGGAGGACCGUGGCAUCGUGGAACUGCUCCUGACUUCAGACAACAAGGAUGGGCUGAGCAAGGGGAUUGUCCAGGGAGACCGAGCUGCUGGAAGAUGUCGCUAUAUCCCUGCAGCAGCGCCUGGCAUGUGGCACCCAGGGAUGUUGGCCACCAUCAACUUGCAGUCAACACGCGAGCUGCAGCUACUAAGCACCUUUCUCGUCAACGUCCAGGGGACUCAGCCCAAGAUGGUGAUGGAGUACUGGACGGGGUGGUUUGACUCGUGGGGCGGCCCUCACAAUAUCCUGGAUUCUUCUGAGGUUUUAAAAACUGUAUCUGCCAUUGUGGACGCCGGCUCCUCCAUCAACCUCUACAUGUUCCAUGGAGGCACCAACUUUGGCUUCAUGAAUGGAGCCAUGCACUUCCAUGACUACAAGUCAGAUGUCACCAGCUAUGACUAUGACGCUGUGCUGACAGAAGCGGGAGAUUACACGGCCAAGUACAUGAAGCUUCGAGACUUCUUCGGCUCCAUCUCAGGCAUUCCUCCCCCUCCCCCACCUGACCUACUUCCCAAGAUGUCGUAUGAGCCUAUAACGCCAGUCUUGUACCUGUCUCUGUGGGAUGCCCUCAAGUACAUGGGGGAGCCAAUCAAGUCUGAAAAGCCCAUCAACAUGGAGAACCUGCCAGUCAACGGGGGAAAUGGACAGUCCUUUGGGUACAUUCUCUAUGAGACCAGCAUCACCUCAUCCGGCAUCCUCAGCGGCCGCGUGCGUGAUCGGGGGCAGGUGUUUGUGAACACAGUAUCCAUAGGAUUCUUGGACUACAAGACAACGAAGAUCGCUGUCCCUCUGAUCCAGGGUUACACCGUGCUGAGGAUCUUGGUGGAGAAUCGUGGGCGAGUCAACUAUGGGGAGAAUAUUGAUGACCAGCGCAAAGGCUUGAUUGGAAAUCUCUAUCUGAAUGAUUCACCCCUGAAAAAUUUCAGAAUCUACAGCCUGGAUAUGAAGAAGAGCUUCUUUCAGAGGUUCGGCCUGGACAAAUGGAGUUCCCUCCCAGAAACACCCACAUUGCCUGCUUUCUUCUUGGGUAGCUUGUCCAUCAGCUCCACCCCUUGUGACACCUUUCUAAAGCUGGAGGGCUGGGAGAAGGGGGUUGUAUUCAUCAAUGGCCAGAACCUUGGACGUUACUGGAACAUUGGACCCCAGAAGACACUGUACCUCCCAGGUCCCUGGUUGAGCAGCGGAAUCAACCAGGUCAUCAUUUUUGAGGAGACGAUGGCGGGCCCUGCACUACAGUUCAUGGAAACUCCCCACCUGGGCAGGAACCAGUACAUUAAGUGAGCGGUGGCACCCCCUCCUGCUGGUGCCUGUGGGAGACUGCCGCCGCCUCCUGACCUGAAGCCUCGUGGCUGCUGCCCCACCCCUCCCCUGCAACCUCAGGGACUGGGGGCUACAGUCUGCCCCCACCUAAGCUCCAAACCCUGAGCCUACAGGGAAAGGUGGGACGGCUCUGGGCCCGGCUUCGUUGAUGAUGCCUUUCCUGCAGCCCUGCUCUUGUGCGAGGCUGUCAGGCUGUCUCUAGGGUGGUCUCCAGGGUGGGAGCAGCUAGUCAGAUGGCCAAGCCUUUGGCCCUCAGAGAAAGUCUGAAACACGCCCCUGCGCUGGAAGUCACAGCCCUGCGAGCAUCUGCUGGACUCAGGCGUGCUCUUUGCCGGUUCUUCGGAGGCUUGGUCACAUCCCUCACAGCCCCUUUUUAUCCCCGAAAUGCUGGGUGUGUCACCAGUGUAGAGGGUGGGGAGGGGAUGUCUCACCUGAGCUGACUCUGUUCUUCCUUCACAACCUUCUGAGCCUUCUUUGGGAUUCUGGAAGGAACUCAGCGUGAGAAACACGUGACUUCCCCUUUCCCUUCCCACUCGCUGCUUCCCACAGGGUGACAGGCUGGGCGAGAAACAGAAAUCCUCAGCCCUGCGUCUUCCUGAGUCAGCGAGUGUCUCUGGUGUUCAGUGAGGAUGACAUGUGGGUCCUGGCAGAAGCCAUGGCCCAUAUCUGCACAUCCAGGGAGGAAGGACAGAAGGCCCAGCUCAGUGGCCCCCGCCCCCCACUGCCCACGCGGAGCAGCAGGGGCGGAGCAGCCUCCUCCGCAGUGUGUCCACCUCCAUGUUUGAACCUUGCUCUGGGGCUCAGCCCAACACCUGGCUCGAGCUCCCUGUCCUGAGUUGCAGUAAAGCUGUAGCGUUGAAUCACA